UCCUCGCAUCGCCUGCCUCUCCUCCUUCCUCGUUUGUCUCGCCGUGUCAUCGUCUCACCGCUCCUUGCCGGACCCUUUUCUGCUCGCCAGCAUCGCCCAUCCCGGUGGCUGCCAGGACUCGGCUCAAAGAGGCCUCGGGAUCUCAAGGCGUCCCUUCGCCGUGGGCGUGCGCCCACCGCCCCCCGCCCCCCCCCCCCCGAGGAUCCACGAUGGGCGUCUGGCGGCUGGGCCUGCUGCGCUGCCCAUGGCUUUCCCUCGCGGUGGCGGCCGCGGCGCUGCUGAUGCAGGGCGCCAGCGCCGAGGUCGACACGUCGACGGGGGGGAACAAAUCGAGGGUGUGCAACGGCACAAUGGAGUGCAGGAAGGGCCUGCUGCUGCCCGUGUGGUUGCCCACCAAUCCGUCGACCGGUGAUAAGAUCGCGAGGGCGGUGGUAUACUUCGUCGGGAUGAUCUACAUGUUCCUGGGCGUGUCCAUCAUCGCCGACCGCUUCAUGUCGUCCAUCGAGGUGAUCACGUCGCAGGAGAAGGAGAUCACCAUCAAGAAGCCGAGCGGCGAGACCAUCACCACGACGGUGCGCAUCUGGAACGAGACGGUGUCAAACCUGACCCUCAUGGCGCUGGGCUCGUCGGCGCCUGAGAUCCUGCUCUCCGUCAUCGAGGUGUGCGGGCACCAGUUCAAGGCGGGCGAACUGGGGCCCAGCACCAUCGUGGGCAGCGCGGCCUUCAACAUGUUCGUCAUCAUCGCCAUCUGCGUGUACGUGGUGCCCGACGGCGAGACGCGCAAGAUCAAGCACCUGCGCGUGUUCUUCGUGACGGCCACGUGGAGCAUCUUCGCGUACAUCUGGCUCUACCUGAUCCUGGCCGUGAUCACUCCGGGCAUCGUGGACAUCUGGGAGGGCCUCGUCACGCUCAUGUUCUUCCCAGUCUGCGUGGUGUUCGCCUGGGUGGCCGACCGGCGGCUGCUCUUCUACAAGUACAUGUACAAGAAGUACCGAAACAAGCGCGGUCUCAUCAUCGAGUCGGAGGGUGACCGCGUCAAGAGCUCCAUCGAGAUGGACGGCAAGAUCCUGAACUCGCACGGCGACGUGGCGGCCAUCGACAGCUCGCUGUCGGCGCUGGACGAGCGCGACGUGGAGGAGAGCCGCAAGGAGAUGAUCCAGAUCCUCAAGGAGCUCAAGCGCAAGCACCCGGACAAGGACCUGGAGCACCUGACGGAGAUGGCCAACUACCAGCUGCUGAGCCAGCAGCAGAAGAGCCGCGCCUUCUACCGCAUCCAGGCGACGCGCAUGAUGACGGGCGCCGGCAACAUCCUGAAGAAGCACGCGGCCGACCAGGCGCGCAAGGCGGCGAGCGUGCAGGAGGUUCGCAUCGACGCGGGCGACGGCGCGGGCGGCGGUGACGUGCGCUGCCGCGUCUACUUCGAGCCGAGCUCCUACAAGUGCCUGGAGAACUGCGGCACGUGCGCGGUGACCGUGCAGCGCAGGGGCGGGGACCCGAGCGCGACGCUCUACGUGGACUACCGCACCGAGGACGGCUCGGCCAACGCGGGCUCCGACUACGAGUUCCAGGAGGGCACGGUGGUGUUCAAGCCGGGCGAGACGGAGAAGGACAUCGCCAUCGGCAUCAUCGACGACGACAUCUUCGAGGAGGACGAGCACUUCUACGUGCGACUGAGCAACGUGCGCACUGGCAGCGAGGACGGCGGCGCCGGCGUCGGAGGCGCUAGCGGCGGUGGAAAGUUCGAGGCCAACCACAACAAUGCGGCGCCCAGGGCAUUGCUGUCCGAGCCGUCGGUGGCCACCGUGAUCAUCCUGGACGACGACCACGCCGGCGUGUUCCUCUUCGAGGAGACGGUGACGCACGUGAGCGAGAGCGUGGGCAUCAUGGAGGUGCGGGUGGUGCGCAGCUCGGGCUCCCGCGGCACCGUCGUGGUGCCAUUCCGCACCGUCGAGGGCCUGGCCAAGGGCGGCGGGGAGGACUACGAGGACGCGAUCGGGGAGCUGCUGUUCCAGAACGACGAGAUCACGAAGACGAUCGAGAUCCGGGUCAUCGACGACGAGGAGUACGAGAAGAACAAGAACUUCUUCCUGGAGCUGGGGGAGCCACGCCUCAUGGACAUGAGCGAGAGGAAAGCCCUCCUGCUGCGCGAUCAAGACGGCCCCGAGGGCCUGCUGCUCACCAAAGAGGAGGAAGAGGCGCGGAGGAUUGCGGCGCUCGGGAAACCCAUGCUGGGGGAGCCACACCGCCUCGAGGUCGUCAUCGAGGAGUCCUACGAGUUUAAGAGCACAGUGGACAAGCUGAUCAAGAAGACAAACUUGGCGCUGGUGGUGGGCACCAACUCGUGGCGGGAGCAGUUUGUAGAGGCCAUCACCGUCAGCGCAGGUGACGACGACGACGAGGAGGGGGCGGAGGAGCGCAUGCCUUCUUGCUGCGACUACAUCAUGCACUUCCUCACGGUCUUCUGGAAGGUGCUGUUCGCGUGCGUGCCGCCCACCGAGUACAUGAACGGCUGGGCCUGCUUCAUCGUCUCCAUCUGCGUCAUCGGCAUCCUCACCGCCGUCAUCGGUGACCUCGCCUCGCACUUUGGCUGCACCGUGGGGCUCAAGGACUCGGUGACCGCGGUCGUUUUUGUGGCGCUCGGCACCUCUGUGCCCGACACGUUCGCCAGCAAGGUGGCGGCCAUCCAGGACCAGUACGCGGACGCUUCGAUCGGCAACGUGACGGGCAGCAACGGCGUCAACGUGUUCCUGGGCAUCGGUCUCGCGUGGUCCGUGGCUGCCAUCUACUGGUGGACGCAGGGCGAGAAGUUCCGCGUCGAAGCGGGCACGCUCGCCUUCUCCGUCACGCUCUUCACCGUCUUUGCCUUCAUCACCGUCGCCGUGCUCAUGUACCGGCGCCAGCCCAGCAUCGGCGGGGAGCUGGGGGGCCCGCGUUGCUCCAAGCUGCUCACCAGCCUGCUCUUCUUCUCGCUGUGGCUCAUCUACAUCAUCAUCUCGGGCCUCGAGGCGUACUGCCACAUCUCGGUUGUUUGAACAAAGCGGCGGCGGUGGCGGCGGCGAAAAGUUAAACCGGCCCUUCUGACGACAGUAUUCCCCAUCACGACGCAACAGGGCUCUGACGAUCUGACGCCGGCGAGAGGCUUUCACACGCGGGGACGCUCUGCCAGGCUGCGACCGCUCGCGUGAACAGAGGGUGAAAAUGCGGACGAUGAGUUAACGGCUCGACGCUGAAACGACCGUCCGCAGCUGCAUGAACGACCGGACCGCGGUGGCUGGAGCGCCGAUGGAAGUGGCGACCCCUGCUUGCGGGGGUUCCGGCGCCUUCCCGUCCGGCGCCCCCCUCGCGCCCGUCUGCAUGAGUAGCGCGUAUCGUUUUACGGGCAACCGACUCUUUUUCUAUGUUUUAUAUUUUUCUGAGUGCGGAGGUGGAGGGUUGGGAGGGUGAGAGGCGGGGUGGUGGGGGGGGGGAACGUGUUGGGGGUAAUAUAGGUGGCUCUGAAUGCUCGUCUCGUGUGUCCCGUAUGCUGCUGAAUUUCCAUCGUUUUACCCGAAACGGUUCUUGUAUAUUUUGAUUAAGGAAAAAGAAGAAACAAAGGAAACACUGUAGAGGCAUUUAGUCAGUAAAUUAUUGCGAGUUCGAGAAAGCACCUGCAUGAAGACGCGGCAUGCCGUUAUGUAUUUAGCGCUGUCUCCCCACGCGGCAUUCCCUCGCAUCUCGUUUUAAACACAAGCCUCGUCAAAGUCCGUCCCCGUUGCACUCCCACGUCCGAAUCUGACCGAUGCUCGCUAUAACCACUCCCCCCCUCCCCCUCGUGUGACAAGGAUGGUUCCCACCUCCAUGCUUUGCCGUUUCAAAUAGUGAGACGUAGCAAAGUGUGUAGGCCAUGUAACUGCCCCAGGGCUCAAAGGCCGGAGGGGCCCAAAUACAGGGCUACAAAAAUGGGGGGCAAAUUGGACUAGGUGGGUACGGGGAGUGGGAGAGGAAGGGGGGGGAGGGGGCAUUUAAUUCCUGAGCCCACGCCACCUUGGGAUUUCAAAUGCAUUUAUUUAUUUAACUACCCCCCUCCGCCUCCCAGAAACCUGCUCCCCACACGCAGAACUCCCGAGGCUCGCACCCCCGCGGGAGGAGGCUGCGUAGGGCGGGCUUCGUGCGUCGGGCACUUGACUACGCCAACGCCCCGCCGGGGGGGGGGGGGGGGGGGGGGUGGGGGAGGUGGCGAGAUCAGGCAGAGAGUCCAAUUCCCUGCAAAGCGAGAGACGUAGUCGUGUCACGGCGUCUUGCAGCCGUGGGGCAAAUGUGUGGGAUGCUUCUCCCCCGUUCGUAGAAGAUGGCAGGUACAAGGACUUUGUGUUUUAGCGACCAGGCGGUUUGUUUGGAGGCCACGCGGAGACGGACCGUAGGUGACGGACAGGUCGCCGGGACAAAGAUCAUACGCCGGCGUGCAUCGACCGAGAUGGCGGCACUUCAGAUGAAGUGUGCAAAGAAGUGUUGGACAGAUGUGCGCUUUUCAUUUACACUCACAGGAAGAGAAGCACGUGGUCCGAAGAAUAAAUUAUGAAAUAGAGACAAGAUAUUGACCGCUGAGGAGAGUAAGUGGGCUCGGGCUGGAUGCUUCACGAGAAGGGAUGGUGGCCGAUGGGUGAGACCGGUGUUUGAAUUGCAGCCAAAGGAGGGAACGCACCACGCAGUACCGGUGUCAAAAUGUUUGGGAGAAAGUUCGGGCCGAGCAGAUGGUAUAAAACAAGUAAAGCUAUGACUAAAGCAAAGUUUCACAAGUUUGAAAAGUGGGCUUAAAGUCAAGGUGUUUUAGUUGAAAAUGGACCUUCAUGCAAAGAAAGAUUACAAAAAAAAAUACAAAAAUUUAUGCCGGGAGGAGAGAACAUUCAUUCGCGCGGGGGGGAAAAUGUGGGCAGGGCCACAAAAUGUUCUGACUUGGCAAUUUCACCACGGCAGAGAGUCGUCCUCGAUGCUCCGUCCCUGUACGGACUCGUGCAGCAGGCGAGACGAAACGCCUGGCGCAGACACGAGGACGCCGACCCGUCCGUCCGUCUGUCCGUCCCGUUCCGUACUACGCGCCAUGUCUCGUCGAGCAGCCCCUCCCCGGGAUGCCGCAGUACGGGAACUGCGCGUUCCGCACACCGCGGAUUCAAGUCCGCCGCCGCCCCCAUCCGUGGGUAGAGCCUCAGUGGUGGGAAGGGUCAGCAGGUGGACAUUCACCGCUGGCGCUCGUGGAACGUUGAACCGCUGCGUCAUUGGCCCGAGCACUGAAUUACAUUUCUCAUCUACCACUUCAGGCCAGGGCUUAAUUUCUCACCGUAUAUUUUCCGGGUCGCUGGUAGACCAGGAAGAUGGCAUAUAUAUAUACUGGACGUGGUGUGCCGGAUGCAGAAAUAAAGAUCCAGGUUUGCCGACCUGACCCGGACAGACCCGGCUACAAUUAAGCCCUGCAUGCAAGCGGUGUCCACUUCUUGUUUUACCACAGCUUCAAAUCACCUGCUUAUUUGAUUUUUUUCCCCCGUUUUAAUUUUAGUUGGGAUUUCCCCGCCCCCCUCCCCCCCCCAUUAAGUGCGGACGUUCCACAGACUAUUACGUGCGACGCGAACAAGGCCCGCUUACCGCGCCACCGUGUAAGACUGACCAGCGGACGCCGGCGGUCAACGUACGAUUAAAUACGUUUUGGGGGGGAUCAGCACAGAUUCACCGAUCCAAGAGUUCGGACGUCCACGGCCGCUGCGGGAGCGGAGUGGCUCCGCGGAGCGCGCCGAGCAAACGUCGGCUGCGCCUUGCUCCGCCGCUCCGCCGUGCGUGCUCGCGCGCACCGCCAACGGCAGCUCACUUACUCGCCAACUCGCUCGUCCAGAGGCAGUCCACCAGACUCUGUGCAUUAUUUACACAUUGUCGUGAGCAUGAACAAUUCUCGUACGCGUGAGCGCGAGAGCCAUCGUAAGAGGCCACUCCUCGUCACGUCCCGUAGGAACGCACCAUGCAUGUGCGGGUCGACCCGUGUGGUGCGUGCGUGCGUGCGUGUGGGUCCGUGAGGACUGCAGUCCACUCGGCUGUGUGAUAUAAAAGCCAUGGGGGGGGGGGGGGGUAUGCGCGUUACGCGUGGGGGUGCGGGCGUUGGAAAUCAUUUUUCUCAGGGAUGUUACUUUCUUUAUGUUAUUGUCGUUGUGGCCACCACCGUUAUUGUUGUUGUUGAUGUUUCUCGAGGUCUCUGCGAGCUCCCCCCCCCCCCCCAUCUCGUCCCGUUUGAUCCAUCGCGUUCCAACAUCCAUCGUCAGUGUCACUCGGGUCUGCGCGGGGGGGGGGGUGGGUGGGUUGGGGGGGGGGGGUGAAAAACAUGUAUUAAAUUGAUGAAUUAGAAAUAUAUAUUCAGUAUAUAUAAACAUACGUAUAUAUAUAAUAACAGAUACAUGUAUAUACGUACAUACCUAUAAAUACACGUGCGCGUCUGAGCGUGGCCGCAGGACAACUACGACUGUCGCUGUGUGUUGGGGGUCGUGGGGGGCAGUCGUCGUCGUGGAUUUGACCCCCGACCCCCCCCCCCCCCGCCGCCCCCCAGUGCGUGUCGACACCUGGGACCGCGCGAGCGUUUGUCCUGUCCCUCGUCCGAGUGGAAAGCGUUGUCGUUUUUAAAAUAAUAAUAAUAACAAGAACUUUGAAUGCAAACCCUCGACACAGCGGCGCAACGGAACAGGGGAACCGCCUGCGUCCGGCGGCGAAGAAGCAUGUCUACCGAGGCGACCGAGUUUUCACUUUGUAUCGGAGCAUUUCCUGGGAGUCCACGUGUAUCAUUAUUCUUCUCUUAUUGACUGUUGUUGUUGUUGUCGAAUUGUGGAAAAUAA